AUGUUAGGAUUAAAGUAUCCAAUUUUCCAGUCUCCAAUGGCAGGUAUCAGUACUAUCAAGCUUGCAUCAGCAAUCACUAAUCUGGGUGGACUCGGCGCUAUCCCAUUGGCAGCUGUUGAUUUGAGAAACCCUGAUGCAAUUGAGCUGAUCAGGGGGCAACUAGAUUCCUUCCGCUCUCAUUUAGAUAAUCCUGAGCUUUCUAGGAAUGUCAAUUUAAAUUUCUUCUGCCAUGACAGAUCCAUUCAAGCGUCCAGUCCAACUGCGAAACAAAUUGCCAAUUGGAAAACAGUCUUCACACCAGCAUUCAAUAACCAUGAUCUUUCGAAGAUCGAAUUUCCAAUUUCGAAUGUUUCCUUCCAAGAGUUAGAAGAAUCUGGGCCCCAAAAGAAUUAUAAUUCAUUGUUGGAAUUGUUAGCAGAGUAUAGACCAAAAGUAGUUAGUUUCCAUUUCGGAGUUCCCUCGCAAAAGACUAUUGAUAGCUUGCAGAGUAAUGGAAUAGAUGUAUUUGUUAGUGUUACUUCUCUUGCAGAAGCAAAAUUUGCCGCUUCAAAGGGUGUUCGUGGGUUGACCUGUCAAGGUUUCGAAGCAGGGGGUCACAGAGGAAACUUCUUAGAAUCAACAAGUAAUGAUGAAAACUUGUCCACUUAUGUCUUAACCAAUUUGGUGGCCAGAGAAUUUGGUAAGCAGUUGUAUGUUGUACCCGCGGGUGGAAUUAUGAAUGGAAGGGAUAUUGACAAUUACUUGUCAUUGCCAGGAGUCUCGGCAGUUCAAGUGGGAACGGUAUUUUUAGAUACAAAGGAAAGUUUAUCCAAUGGCUACAUAUCUAAGCACAGAGAGUUACCAACAACCAUGAUUUCGCUGAUAUCCGGGAAGACUGCUAGAUGUUUAAGAACUCCGUUUAUUGAGAGCGUGAUCAAGAACAAUAAGGAUGAUCUCGAUUUGCCUCCUUACGGGUACACGUAUUCUGCGUUCAAGUCUGCAGUUAAAGCUGCUGGUAACCCAGACAAUGGGUUCUUUUUGGCUGGCCAAGGCUUUCCAGUGUUGAAGGGAAAUGGCGCUGGGGCUGCGGAAGUUUUCCAAGAGCUAGUAGACGAAAUGAAAGGUAAAUUAUAA